AUGAUACUGUCGAGAGCAAACAGGAUGAAAACGAAAUUACAAUCAUCACUAGAGGCAAGCUUUUUAGAAAUCGAAGACGUUUCACACCAGCACGCAGGCCAUGCUGCCAUGAAAGGCAAUACAGCAGGGGAAACUCAUUUCAAUGUCAAGAUCGUGUCUCCUAAAUUUGAUGGGCUUAAUCCAGUGAAGCGUCACCGCUUGGUUUAUGAUGCACUCGCGGAGGAGUUGCAGUCUGGAUUGCAUGCUCUCUCCAUAGUUGCCAAGACUCCACAAGAAGAAGAAGUAGUAGCUGCAAAAAAGUGA